AUGUCCAUGAAGCCUGCCGCCUUUCUGGAGGUGUACGUGGACCAAUUAGAGGGGCUUGAUCUCAGCGCCCUCCGCGCCGCGAAUCGCGUUAGCGGUGCGUCACUGUGCGUGCGGCUGACAGUAACUGCGGGCCACAGAUGCUUAGGAGUGGCGCAGACUAAACCCGUAAAUCCAGGAUCAAGCAGUUUCAUCGCGUUCAACGAGCUUCUUCAGAUCGCGAUAUUCGAGCAGCACGUGGACAUACGCGUUGGAUUAGUUUCUGCAGGGGACUCAACCGCUCUCCACCGCACCGACAGUCACACUAAUGAUGUCACAAGCGCCUUCCUCGCGGCGGCACAGCUGCCCACGUCAGCCAUGGCGUCAGCAUUGAUCGAUGGCAAUCGUCGGGACGCAGGCACCCCUGCGACUUCCCGUCGAGAAGCAAUGACUGGCAGUCCAGCCGUGGCCACGAGUGGAGGGCGCGCGCAGGUGUGCGCUUCCCCCGCGGGCAUCUCCCAGAUUCCGCGCAAGUCAGGAGGCGGAGAAGCGGGGAACGCGGAUAUGGCAGUGGACCUCCUCCUUAACGAGCUGCUAGAUGCGCAGACGCUGGCGGAACGCGCGGAGGGUUGGGGCGGCGCAACGGGGGACGGAAGCGUGGAAGGCGCAGAGGAGGGCCAAGGGGAGUUUUGCGGCGGAGCAGAAGAGGGGGAAGGGGAAUCCUGCGGGGGGUUCUGCUGCAGGGGGAAGCACGGAAGGGCCGGUGCGCGCUGA